AUUUCCUUUCACACAUGAAAUAAGGUUAUUCUAGCUUCUUCCCCAAGCCAGCACCCUAUUAACUCUUAUAUAUAGCCAUGAAAACUCCAUUCCAGGCAACUAGAAGGAAAAAAAAACUGACAAGAAAGAAGAAACAAGAAGAAGAUGGGAGGAGGAACAGAAGCUUUUCCAGAUUUAGGAAGCCAUUGCCAACUGUCUGAUUGUCAUCAGCUCGAUUUUCUCCCUUUUACCUGCCAUGCCUGUCAAAAGGUAUUUUGUGUGGAGCACAGAUCAUGCAAGUCUCACGAAUGCCCAAAAUCCGACUUAAACGGACGAAAGGUUUUGGUUUGUGAAAUUUGUUCCAUGUCCAUUGAAACUACCGGCUGUAAAAGUGUCGAAGAUAAAGAGAUAUUGCAGAAACACGAACAAUCUGGGGAUUGUGACCCUAAGAAGAAGAAGAAACCUACCUGCCCUGUGAAGAGAUGCAAGGGGAUUUUGACCUUCUCCAAUACUACCACUUGCAAGACUUGCCGGAUUCAAGUUUGCCUCAGACACAGGUUUCCGGCUGAUCACGCCUGUAACCAGAGUUGUUCAUCAUCACAGCCGUUGGUUAAGGAUCUAAAGGAAGCCAAUAACAAGUUUUUGACUGCUUUGGUUGGAAGGAGUGGGAAUGAUUGUGGAAAUAGAAGUCGCGCCUCAUCCUCACGCCCUACUAAUCCUUCUGUUAAAUCUUGUUGAUCGUUUCAGAGUACAUUACUAUGCAUUAUCUUUUGUAAUUACAUUAUUUAAGUGCUCAUUAAUUGAAAUAAUGUUGUUAUA